CUGGUGUGCUCCCUCGCCGCGCGUCACUACACCCGUGACCGUCAUAUCCGUCAAGCCGGUCAUCGUCUCCUAGUACAUAGAUAAACCAAUCCGCCGCCGAUCGUCCCUCCGCGCCUCCAGAGCAUGUCGGGUGCUCUCAACGGCCUCUUGGAGACUCGCGCAUAGUUUGUGCGCAGCGGAGCCAUGUAUAGAGCGGGUUCUGUGUGCGCACUGAGUGUACUAGUAUCCCGACGUCGCUGUUGCACGUUCACCAGGCCCUACCGUACGUAUCCGCCGUGCAUACCGUUCCGUGCCAGGCGACCUCUACGGCUCGUUCAGCAGUACUUCGCAUGCAUCGUACCCACCGUGAAUCGCAAUCACCCACGCCCGCAGAAGCUCAGCUGCUCAUCGACACUGGAUGAUUCCUGUGUGCAUCAUUGCACGGUAUACAAGGUACAGAAUCUCACUUUGGCUGGUGCGUACCGCUCUCAACCAUGCGGCACGUAUGGUCGACUGGCUGGUCAAGCGAGACUCGUCGGCUUCCCCCGUCUGCUCUCCCGGCAUUUCCGCGAAUUUUACUCCCGGGCAGUGAAACAGCUCACAUCGUUCUACAACUUGAACGGGUCGCUUAUUCUAACUGAGAGCGGUAGCGUUCCGGGUACGACAGGUCGGGGAUAUGCCGCAGGGCCCAUCAUGCAGGUAAGCGUUGUAGGCUAGGCAUAGCUGACUGGCGCUGGGUUGCUUGAUAGGCGAGCGAGUGUAGCGACGGACGGAGACUCUACAUAUGGGAGAGCCUGAAAUCUGACAUGGCACUUCCAAGAGUUACGCCGUGUCUUCUCCAGGACGGGUCGCACUGCGCCCAAGGACACUGGCUCUCCGUAUUCGAUUGUCCACGGUCGUACUGGGUGGCAGUACUUUGUUCGCUGCUAGCCAGAUGCCACUCACCGUACGGCUUCAACGAUCAUGAUAUCGCGUCACUGGGGCUGUGCGGUCCUUGAUUGUGGGCCACUACCCUCAAGGAUUUC